AUGAUCGUUCGACUUCCGGGCCAAUUAAAGGUGGGGCGUAUAAGAUCUUUUCACCAUUUUGAACCAUUAAAUGAUACACAUAUACGUUGUAAAAUUACAUCUACAACCGCCGAAUUCGAUGAUUUUGAUAUGCGCUCAAAGCGCUAUAAUAAAUUAAAACAAAUUAAACCGAUUUUAAAAAUAAAAGAUGUAAACGUGAAUGAUUUCAUUAUCGUCGAACAUGAUUGUUGUUGGUGGUUGUGUAAAGUGCUGGAGAUUAAUUUCAAUUUAAAAGAACUAAAUAUAUCUCUUUUACAUCCUCCAGGUCCGAAAACAACAUUCAAAUUUCCACAAAGAUCGCACAACAUGGAUAUUGAGCUCGGCACAAUUGUUUGCUUAUUAUUAGUACCACCGAAUACCACGUCACGUGGAAACUAUUCGAUAACAACGAAACAGCUCGAAGAAAUCGAAGAAAUCUUUGCAGACUACUAG